GGCUGGAUAAUGAUGUAUGACUUAGAAAACGAUAGCUCUGAUAAUAGCAAACUGAAGAGGUUAAGAGAGCAAGUACCUCAAGGAGGUCCAUCCUAUUCGCCAAAUUUGUGUGAAGAUAACCAGGAUGCAACUCAGGAAGAAUUCCCUGACUCAGAAGAACUUUAUGAAGCUCGUAAUAGGAAGAAGAACAGGAAGAAAUAUUUAAAUUCUUCAGCAGAGCACAUGCCUAAAGAAUCACAGAACUUGGGAAACCCAAACGGAAAAUGCCAAUAUAUCAGGGUUGAAGGUAAUGAAGAAACACAUGAAGAAGGGAUUGAAAUUGCCUCAGAAAGGGAAAGUACCAGCUCUGAGUAUUAUAAUGACAGUAUCCCUGAUGAAAUUGAGAAUUCAAAGACUUACUCCUCUGAUGUACAAGACUCAAAAUAAUUCUGAAAUCAGAUUAAGUAACGAGAGCUGAAAAGACCAAGAAUUACUACAAAGGAACGAAACCAUUGAGACUUUUAAAAAGGAGAAAAGUUCUGAGAUGUAUAGUAUAUUUUAUUCAAGGUCAUUUUCGAACGAGUCAGGGUCCCAGCCAGACCUAGCAUUGAUGAACUCCAAGAAUUAUUUAGAAGCAUGUAAAGAACUCAACAAUUCAGCAGUAGACUUCAUUAGAGAGGGUAUCGAAAUGCAGGAAGAAGAAGAUUCAGAUCAAAGCGAAGAUCAAUUAGACGAAGAAGACCGAAUGAUAAAGGCACAGGAAUUAUUUGAUAAAGCUAAAUGAUACCUCCUUACUGCAUAUAAAUAUGCUGAGACGCAUUCCGAUGUGUUUGAUGACUCCCUUCUUAUCAGUAUUUAUUACAACCUCGCAUGUGUGCACCAAAACAAUUCAGAUUUAAAGAAGUGCGGGGAAUACCUUGAUGCAGUACUAAACGUUAUUGAGAAGCAAUCCACUUCCAGUGAAAUCUCAGAAUUUAACAAAAUAAGGUACUGUGCUCGCUUCCAGUUACAACAAUGUGCAAUCCAGAGCCAGAUUAAUGCUCAUGAGAAGGCACUAGACCAUGGGAAGAUCUCUGUCAAGCAUUGACAUGGUCUUCUGUUUAAGACUUACAAAUUAUGCAAAAGAAAGAACAAUAACAGUAAGAAGAACAGAACGAAGUUGCGAAGUUCGUACAAACCUAGAGAACAGAGCCUUGAAAAUGAGUAUGGCAAUAAGCAAAACUACAAGACCAAAAACGCAAAUUUAGAAGGAUCUAGAUACUUCAGCAAAAAUGAUGAAAAAGAACCCCGCAGACGUAAGAGAAGAUGAUACUCAGAAGAGAAUUCUCGGAAUAGCUCAGUCAGUCUUUCUACUAAAAAAGUUAUCCUUAGAAGGAAAUAGGUCAGAUAGUCGGAACUCCUCUCUUGAGAAGAUGCAUACUUUUCAUUUGAAGCAAGUUUCUGAAGAGAAGCCAUUGCUCAAGUCAGGAAGUAUUUCAUGAUUAAAGUCAGAUAAACCAAAGAAUUCCAAAAUUAAGUCUUAUUCCUUACAAAGUGAAGAUAAAAGCAGUACUUGAGUCCUGCUUGAAGAAAGAGUUAAACUACAGAAAAACUCCCAGAUGGGGAAGAUUUAUACCUCUCUUCAAGAAAUCUGUCGGCAGAUUAAGGAGUUUAAAGAGUAUUACAUCCUAGGCAUUCAGAACCAGAAGGAUGCCCUAGAGUUAGGACAUAAAAUCAGGAAAGACCUGUGAAUAUCUUUUAAUGGAGAGGAAGAAGUCCAAGAUUUGAUCAAUGACCAAACCUACAAGAUUAAUACAAGGAACUUGUUGGGUGUUAAAAAUAACAAUGACUGGAUCUUUGGCCUCAAUAUUGGAAAUGUAAUGCAUCUGAACCCUUUCAACUUCGAAGAUGUCCGAAAUGAUCUUACUGAACAAGACACUAAGAAAGAUAUAAUGGAAGAACUUAGCACAUCUAAAAUUCUGGAUAAAUUUAUUCUACUGUGAUCAGCAUAUUUCUGAAUAGCAACUGAGUUCAGAUUCAUGAAUGCAAAGAUGAGUUCUGAGAAAUAUCCGCUGAAACUCUCUGAAAUGUGGCAUUCUAAAUCUGUGCAUACAUGAAGCACAUUUUUACCAAAGGAAUCUCCUUUGGCAAUGCACAUUUAUUCAAGUUUUAAGAGACAUCACCUGACUCCUAAAAUUGAGAUGAGAGAGAAACUCAGAAAAGAAAAAGAACAAAAAGCUGAGCAAGAGGCUAAGAGAAAGAAGAAAGAAGCCAUAGAAAGAGAGAAGAGACGAAAAGAAGAAUAUAAGAAAUAAAAUUCUUCAUGAAAUCAUUGAGGGUAGCACUCCACCUCCAAAUAUGCCAAUGAAAUCUAUGUCUCAAUCAAAUUUAUUUUCCCCAAAGCCAUCAAGAGUGAAAAAAAAACAUGAUAGUUUGUCAUUUAGCAGUCCUUCUGGAGUGAAUAUCAGAUUUAAAAGGAGUAGAAAUGAUGAAUUAUUUACAAAAACAGUUACGAAUGAAACCAAGCUUAACCAAUAUCUGAAGGUAGUUAAAGAUAUGUACAACGAACAAGUGGACCGUAAUAAGAACAGGAUAUAUUUCACACAGAAUAAUACAACUUUACAAUCAGCGAAUAAAGAUCAUUCAAUGUCCCAGAAAUAUCUCAAGACCGCAGCUGGUAGCAAGGGGAAAUUACCAAAUGCAAGAUCAUUUGCAUCUACUGGGAAGAAGAUCAGGGAAACUUCUCUAACACAGAGCAUUAAAAAGUCGUCUCCUAAAUUCUCCUUAAAAAUGAAAUCCGGUCCAAAAAAUGUGAGACACAAAAAGCAGGCAUUCAAAUAUGUGGCAAAGACAUCAAGCCAGAUGAAUAGUCUAGAAAUGUUUAAGAGUCCUCAAGAGCCUAAAUCCAAAAAGGUUUCCAAAAAGAUGAAGAGCUCUCAGAAGCUAUUCUCAUAUUCAAAGUAUCUAGCUUCAUCUAGGAAUAAGCCUAAGAAGUUGGGGUAUUCUCAGUCAACUCUCACUCUGCAGAAUCCUUGUUUUGCAGAGGAUUCUAGGGCGACAGAGUCUCAGAAAAGUUCUAUUACUACGAGUACUAAUCCAGGCAUUAAGGCCAAUAAGAUUCAUGUCUUUCCUAACAAGAGGAUGAUGCCUGAUAAAGAUGGAGACUCCUCAACACCUCAGCCAAAGGCUGGGAUGAUCAGCUUCAUCAAGAACAGACUCUCUGGUGAAGGAAUGAAGAGAUACUCAGCCAGCAAUGAGACUGACCAAAAGUGACAGAAUAGUGCAAGAUCACAAGGAAAAUUAACAACUGAAGCAUCCUCCACGAAGAAGAAUAGUGGCAGGAUAAUUGGUAAAAGAAACGAGGAUAUUGAGAAAGAGCUAAGAGCAAGAUACCUCAAAGAGCUCAUUGAUCCUGAUAAACACAGCAUCCCGAUAGACAAGAAAUUCAAGGGAUUUUCUUUUGUCCAGAGAAGAAUUCUUUCUUCUCAUAAGAAGGAAAAGGUUCAGUCUAAAACCAAAGCUGCUUGUACCUCUCCUGCAGACAUGAGCAAGAAGAAAGCAGCAAAGGAGGCUAAGAUUAGGAAGAUGUGAAUAGAUUCACAGAUGUAUCUCUCAUCUAUUUCUAAUAAACACAGAUAAUAAUUCAA